AAUCAAUCAGCUGGGCUGGAUCACGUGGCGAUGCUCAGCUGGUUAUGGGGAGGGUUCAGUGCUGUUGACUUGCAGUGUGUUUGCAGCAGCGUCCUCCAGUGUAGCCCGUUCCAGGACUUUCCGUGCGCAGCUGACCUGUGAUUAAAUUAUACUUUUUAAAGUAUAGAAACCUUCCCACAUGGAGUGGGUGGAGCGCAAAGGGGAAGAUUUUAAACUGGCCCGAAACCGAAACAUAAAGUAGAUUCACUCUUUACCAUCUGCCUGAGGACGCAGCCCGACAGCUGAAUGUUUUUAUUGAUGGACGAAUAUAUCGCAUGCGGCUCAGAAGCUGGGUCUCUUUUGGUUGCAAAGCUCGUACCCAACCGAUCUCGUGAAUUAGAUUGCAAAUCUGGCUGUGAAACUUGGGGUGUGGCAUUUUCACCUGAUGGCUUGUACUUUGCAUGGUCACAAGGACACAAUAUCGUAAAAUUGAUUCCUUGGCCACUUGAAAGCUGCAAAAUAAGCCGUAAAAGUGCAAAUCGUUUAAAAUCGGAUGGAAAAGCAAAAAGCCAGUGUGGAGAAAAGAUAAUCGAUUGCGGUCAAAAUGUGUGGGGGUUAGCAAUUGGAGCACCCUCUUCUAAGAACACAUGUCAGUUGUCAGCGAACCAAAGCAAGCGCAUGUCUCGGGUCUCGGGAAUGAUCCUCGCCACAGGCCUCUCCAAUGGAGAAAUCAAACUGUGGGAAGUGCCUACUGCACAUCUACUCUUCAAUUUAAAAGGACAUCAGGCUGUGGUGAGGUGUUUUGCUUUUAUCUCCAACAAAAACUUCAUGCUGGUUUCUGCAUCACGAGACACAACUUUGCGUGUGUGGGACCUACAACAGGAUGGUAAACUACUACGUAUAUUAGAUGGCCACAGACAAUGGGUCUAUUGUUGUGCUAUCUCCCCUGACUCGAGUAAGCUUUGCUCUGUGGGAGGAGGAAAGACUGUCCUUUUGUGGAGCACAACUUCAUAUACAAUCCUUCAGAAAUUAGAAGGACAUACUGGCGAUGUAGUUUCGUGUGAAUUUUCCCCUGAUGGAGCAUUAUUAGCUACUGCAUCAUAUGACACGCACGUAAUUGUGUGGGAUCCGCACACUGGAGAAAGCCUGAUGAAGCUGAGACAUUGUUCCCCAAUUGCUGCUGCUGUGGAUAUCCAUGGUGGUUUCAGUACUGGCUUUGUACGAGCGGUCUCCUUUUCCCAGGAGGGUCUAAGUCUUACCUCGGUGGCUGAUGAUGGGUUGCUGAGAAUUUGGUCCUUGGAGUUACAAAGGCCAGUAACAGUUGCUCCUCUGGUCAAUGGGUUGUGUUGUACAUUCUCUCCACAUGGUGGUGUAUUGGCUACAGGGACACGAGAUGGGCAUGUUAAAUUCUGGACUAUGUCUAGGAUCCUGCCAACUCUACAACACAUUUGUCGCAAUGCUCUGCGCCACGUGAUGUCAACCCAGCAGGUUAUGCUCCUACAAGUGCCAAAAAAGAUAAAGGAGUUUUUAGUUUAUAAGACCUUUUAGUUUACACCUGUGAGGUGUAAACAUCUUGGGAGGAAAAGUGAACUGACAAUUAGCUGUAUUUUUUUUUAAACCAAGAUUUAGAUGUGCAUAUUAUUAAAAUUCUCUACAGCUAUAUUACAAUAUUACUGUCAUCAAAAGACCCUUUUUAUAUAAUUAAAAUUGCUUUGCAUUCAAUUAAAAAUUGAGUCCUGUUCAAGAAUCCCUUUGCCUCCACAGAUGCUGCUUGAGCUGCUGAGUUCCUUCAGCAGUUUGUUUUUUCACUCCAGAUUCCAGCAUCCACAGUCUCGAAUAUUUUUGUCUACCUUUUUGGAACUUUCUUUAUUUUGAACAGACACAACCUAUCGAACUUAUUUAUUACAAUGCCACUACAUGUAGACUUGUGUUUUCAGUGAAUACAUGGUUUGUCUAGAGAAACAAAUCCAAGAAUUUUUCUAUUCUUUUGGCUCCACAUUGAUGCAAAAUACUACUUCCUCUCUAGCCCCUUCCCCCAAAACAGUUGAUUAAGUCAUGAUUAGAAAUCAAGUUAAAUAAAAACAAGUGCUGGAAACAUUCCAGCAGGCCAAGGUCGUAUGUGUGGAAACCAGUUAACAUUGCAUCCAGAACAAAUCCUAGUUAAAUUAUUUCAUUCCUUACUUUAUGGCUAUUCAUUAAAUGUAUUGAAGACCCUGAAAAAUAAUUCUGAAUUUAUUUUCUGACUUGUUUAUAGCUUCUCCUGUAAGCAGUUUAAAGCAAUAAUCUGGUUUACUUUUUUGUCAUGAUUGGAAUCACUUUGCAACUGCUGACUGUAACCACUUAAUUUUAAAGCUUUUCCUAUAAUUCGUUAAUGUUCCUUCAUUUGUUUACAUUUGUUUUUAAUUUUACUUUUUCUCUUUAGAUCAGUACUUUGCUCUGGAAUCAGGUGUAUUAGUAUCAAAGUUAAUACAGUACUUUUGAUAGCCACAAGAUUCAUUUUACAAAGUACAUACCUUUAGAAAAGGAUUGUUUCAUCUUUAGAACUUAAUUUUUAAUAGAAUGUCAGGCUUCACGUACGUACAAUUUUACAAUGCUAGAAUUUUGCAGUAGAAGCUGUUUCGACUCUACACCUGUGUUUGUCUGCUGCCUUGUUCUGCACUUCCAUUGUUUUCCACAUAUGCUGGUAGAACUGAAAGUGACAAAUCUAUAAAUGUAGACUAAACACUGAAGGGAAAAAAUAGGGAAAUGUUUUUUUUAAGAACUUUGCUUGUUUUGCCAAUCAAUGAUACUAAAACUUGGGGUGGGUUUAUAUCCUAUUUUUAUCAAUAGCUUUACAGGUAUGGCUAUAAUGCACUUUGUUACAGAAUUGAAGUGUCACAGUUUGGGAUACAAUCAUUCACGAUCAUAGUCUUGCUGCACUAAAAUGUCCUAUGUUUUCAAUGUGAUUUAACAUAAUUGUCUUUGCUGAAGAGGCUUUGAAACUUUCUUUACAAACCUAUUUAAAAUUUAAUAAUUUUGUACAUUGAGCUCAAAGGGAAAAAAUUUAUGCUUUGAAUGCUUUAUGUUGCCCAUUCUAGGUUAAGCAGUAGAUUUUUGCUCAACUUCCUCCACAAACAUUGCCCAUCUUUGCCAUGAUUUCCUCUAGUCUCUGCCUUGAAUGAUCUCUGCAAUUCACUUUCCAAAACAAAGGCUUGCAUCCUCAACCAUGCAAAGAAUUUUAUUCAUCCUUGCCAAUUGACUCUUGUCCCAGGCUUCCAAUCAAUCCAUUGUUUUACUGCACACCACUAGGGCAGAUUAAUCAAUUCCUCCUCCUUGAGUAAACAUUAUGCUCUGAAUAAUCCUUCUGCCCAUUACCAUUUCACUGUUCUUGGAAAUUUAACAGUUCUUUGGGCUCCUGUCUUGCUUCUCCACAACAGUGGGGGGGGGAAAUCUAAAGACUAUGCUGUACACUAGAUUUUGUUCAAUUUAUUGGAACAGUUUGUGUUUUUGUCUAAUUCCAUGGAAUUAUCACCUUGUUGUUUCAUGUAUGCGAUCUUAACUAGUGAAAUAAAAUCUGUGUGGAA